AUGUCUCGAGUGGGACUGCCAUUAACUCCAAGAACAGUUCGUAGAAGCGUUUUCCGAUUUAGUCAAGAAGCAAAUAUCGGCCACAAAUUGAACAAUGAGAAGGAACUUGCUGGAUUUACUUGGUACAAGUCGUUUCUAAAGAGGCACCCAAACAUCGCCAAGAGGAAGCCGCAGAUGAUGAACAUCGCUAGAGCUCAAAAACUGAACCCAACCAUCGUACAUGAUGAUGAAAAGGGUUGCAGAUUAACUUUGCACCAUGCUCACAAGGUUUUAGCAGAAAAGGGAGAACGCCGAAUUCAUUUACUAGCCAAUGAACAUGCUGAAAACGUGACAGUAGUAGCUUGUGUCAACGCACUGGGACAAGCAGUACCACCAAUGAUUAUUUUCAAAGGUUUAAGAAAAAAGGAUACCAACUCAGACAACUUUCCCCCUGGUUCCACUGUUCAAAUGUCUGCAAAAGGGAGCAUGAUUAGGGAGUUAUUUAUUGUUUGGCUACAACAUUUUGCAAAAUUCAAGCCAGCAAGAAGAGUUCUUUUAGUCAUUGAUGGUGUUUCCUGUAACUUAGAUAUCGCCAUUGUUGAAGAAGCGGAAAAGUUGGAUGUGUCCUUGUACUGCUUACCAUCAAAUACAACCCACGAAUUGCAACCACUAAACAAGGCUGUUUUCCGAUCCUUUGAACAUUAUUGGGACACCGAACUGCUGAAUUCCUGUCAAGCAACAAAUGUUCCUUGCCGAACUCUAAAGAAGCAUAGAUUCGGGAUUGUCUUCAAUAAAGUCUGGCAACAAU